AACAAUGCAAGUUUUACAAUAAGCGUCUAUAAUAAUUACUAAACUGUUUCUAUGGAUAUUCUGUACAUUUUUACUUCAUUUUACUUCACAGCUAUUUAAUACCAUGGCAUAAUCGCCGUCGCGUUUAGUGCGACGAAGAUUUUGUAGAAAAGAAAUGAAAGGAUAAACUUUUUGAUCCAUCUAAUGAUUUCGUGUCAAGAAGAUGGGCGUGUAGUAACUUGACCUGUAUUCAUGAUUGAACGCAGCACAAUGUCGGCACACGCUUUUAGGAUGACGAGGUCUCCGAUUUCUGGUCAUGACGAAGGGAUAAGAUGCGCGAUUGUUGCGUCAAUUAAACAUUCAAGCCUAUUCAUAAAAACUGUAAAAGGAAGAACCAAAAUUUAGGUUGACAGUAGGAGCAGUAUUUUGUUCUAUUUCAGUUCUACAUUCAUUUUCUAUAUCUGUAUCAACAACGCGCAUACGAAUACGAUGAGAAAGAAGAAAAAAAUGAAGGUGUGAAAAAUCGAAAAGGAAAUAAAUAGAUAUAAUUCUGUGUCGUCGUCAUUUUUCUCUGUAUAUCAUGAUCGGUAUAUGAGAAAUCUGUAAUCGCGCGUACAGAACAAAAAAAAUCUAUCGAUAAAAUAGAAAUCGAUCUUUCGUAAUCGUUCGUCGGUAAUAGGCGAAUUCAGCUUGCGAUUGCGAAAAAAAUUCUCUAGAGGCGAUGCGUUGCCUUACAGUUUACAUCAUGGUUGCCUUAUGACCGUUCGUAGCUGUCAACGCCGAUCAAUUAGUAGCAUAAUGUCCAAUAAAGGGGCAACUAAAAAAACUGGGCUUAAGGAUGAAGUCAAAACACGUGUACGGUCAAAACCGAAAAUCUCAUCGAGCAAUGAAGGCAAUGCAGAAACAUCGAAGAAAUCAGAUUCUAAUCUUCCAAGGAAAUCUCAAACCUCCGAACAUAGAGGAGAUGGAGACAGAUUGUCAAGAUUGCCACAGAAUUCUUUAACGAGGACACAAUUGAUUAGAAAUACUAGCAAGCCGUCUGUUGGAUCUUCUCAAGUUAAAACUGUCAAGCAAACAUCCUUAUCGACAUCAAAAUCUAGUCCACUCAAUGCUUCUAGUCAUUCAUUAACGAAAAAGAGUACAACCAAAACAAGAUCAGAAAAUACUAUUAAAUCAAGUGAUGACAGUACAGAAAAACGAAAAUCCAGAGAACAAGUAGGAUAUUCAGAAAAAAGAGGUCAGAGUACGAUAUAUAUGCCAAAAUCGACUACAAGCAAGCUUAAUAAAUCUAAUGAGAAGACUGUGUCACGGGUAUCGAGAGAUAAGGAGAAAUUGCAAAAUUCCUCUGCCCCUGAUCGAACUAAGCCGCGAAUUUCGUCUAAAGAACGUAAAAAAUCCAGAACGCUGAGUCCUAGCGAGGUAAAGAUGUUGCAUAGCGCUGUAAAGAGACCUGAGGUCGUGGAAAAAACAGAGCAGAAGAAAGAUUCAACAGAAAGUCAUGUUGACGCACAAACUGAUGUAGAUGAAGCAGAUUGCGAUUACGAGGAUGAUUUUGAGGAUUAUGAGUCAGAUUUUCAAGAAUGCACCGAUAGCGAUAUUAGUGAAAAAUCAGAGCACAGCAGUGGAAGCAGCUCCCACUUAGAGCCCAUCGAAUUAGACGCCAAAGAGAAGAAGAGUAUUGCGAAUAGCGCGGAACACGCAAAGAUUGAGGAGGAGCGUAUGCUCGACUCGGGACACUACGAUCUCGCAGAAGCGAGGAAACGGGCGGCGCGAGUAGAAUCGAUGCUUUUAACGCAAUCCAACAUACCGCCAUUACCCGAAUUAAGAAAGCCAGUUGGCAAAACGUUUAGUGACGACAGACCGACGGAAAAUAAAUCUUUACAGUCGUCUGCCGAUGAAGGCUUUGAGGAUAGCCGUUCUGGGGACUUUACUAGAUCUCCGCCGUUGUCACAAGUACCAUUUAUUGAUUUUCGUAAAUCAAAAAAGAACCGACAUGAAGAGAACUCGCGAAAGCCUCGCAGCAGGGGCGAAGAAUUAUUGGAAAUGAUAAAGCUAGAUUUUAUGGAAUGGUCGGUAUUAGAAUGCAGUCCCAUACCCUAUGAUGAAUUCAUAAGAAAUUAUGGAAAAUUAAAUACGCAACAGGUGUUCACCCAAACCGGUGACGACAACAUGGACAUCGAAAUACAAACAGAUGAGGUGCCUUGCAAGAACAAAUGGACGCAGUUUCCCAUAACUUGUAGAAAAGAACUGCGUGAUAAACGGGAUAUAAAUCUGUUUAAAAUAGAACAACUCGGCGUCGGAAAUGACUUGGACGAGUUGGACGACACGAGUUUUUCAUUACGACCAUCGUAUGAUGUAUUGCGAUUGAACGAUUUUUUUAAUCGUGCGGGUGCGGUCAUGCUGUCAUUGUUAGAAGAGAAAGAACACGGUGGCACUGUUUUCCAAAGUGACGUGGAUGAAUUGUCAUUUAGCGACGGUUUCGUGAAGCUCUCAGUAGAAACAGUGGCGUUCUUAGCUACUAGACCAAUUAAAAUCAUUCAUUAUUCGAAUGUUUUAAAUAAAGUUUUACUUACUAUACACGCUCCCGUAGAAGAGGAGAUAGAAACCGUGAGCAAACAAGAUUAUAUUACCGACUGUUGCAUUGGAUGCGUUUGGAAUAUUUCCGAACCUUCAAUGCCGAAAAAAUUAUUCUACUCGCAAUGUUCCAUUACCGCUUGUUGCUUUCAUUUAACAAAUUGCAAUACAGUGUUCGCCGGACUUGAGGACGGGUCGUUGAGUCUUUGGGAUCUCAAAGAGGACGAGAUGUGGCAUCAGAGGAUUACGGAUAAGGCUAAUGAGUUAGAUUGGGUGAUUAGAACGCCCACUUACACGACAACGGCGGAGCUAGAUGCGCAUGCAUCACAAGUUGUCGCGAUACGCGUGCUGUCCAAGAUUGAGACUGUUUCUGUUAAAGAAAGAAGCAAUAAAUUUGUCCCUAUCCAGAUAUGUAGCUUAGAUGAAGAUGGUUGUCUUGUAAUAUGGAGUAUCGUGCAUAAAAUGGGUAUAAAUAUCGACGACUUGGGACUCUCUCACUGGGGUGAUAUAAGACUUGUAAAGAAUCAGAAAACGUUUCUGUCGAAAAAAGACGCGGAAAUAAUGAACACGUUUGUCGAUAUGCAUGUGGAUAGCGCGAACACAAAUAACAUUUAUAUCGCAACUAAUAGUACCGAUGUCUUGCAUGCUACUUGUAUCGGUAACAGAACUAAUCCAUUAAUGUACAAACCGGUUGAGAUAAGUGAAUGCGGUACUUCAACUUGUAUUGAUGUUUGUCCUUUCGAUCAAUCCUUUUUCUGGGUCGGUUGUAAUAAGGGAACGAUUCGACUUCAUUACUUAAAUGUGGAGAGACCAAUCGUACAACUGAAAAACGAACAGUACACAGAUGCAAUUAAAGCUUUGCAAUGGUCGAAAACGAAACCGCUAACUAUAUACACUCUAGACAAUCAUUCUCGAAUUCAUGUGUGGGAUUUGAGUAAGAGUGAUAUUUGUCCUAUAUAUACGAUAUCAAUGGGAAAGUGGGGAAAGAUAAGUAGUAUGCAAUUGUCCCCUUGCAUAAUAGAUCAAGAUAUGACGAAUCAAUAUCUGGCUUUUGGCAUGGAAUCUGGAAAUGUGGAAAUACAUAAACUUAGAAAAGAUUUCUAUUAUUCAAAGAAAGAGGAAUUUUUGCAAGAACUCGACAUAUUUUCGCGAUUCGUCUCGAUAUGAAUGAGAAUAAGAGUGUUUUCAAUGAAGAGAGGAAUUCAUAUAGGCACUAAUAGGUUUUAGAAUUGUUACUUCAAGAAAUUGGAUAGAGAGAAAAAUUCACAAAUUUUAUACUUCCAAUAUAUACAUGCACUUGCAAUAUAGGUAAUUAAGAUAUUAGUCGAAGGAAAAGUGAUAUUUAAAUACAAAUUGAAACUCAUUCUUAAUUGACAAGAGAUACAUUUUUAAAAAUUAUAAUUAUAAGAUUUAUGAAGCAAUUACAUAGCAGUAUCUUUGAUAUAAUUUCAAAUAAUAUUAACUUUUUUUCAAUUUGCAAGGAAACUGUUUAAAAUGUUAUCAUUUUAUAUAUUUUACAAAAAUGUGCAUUAUAUAGCGAAUAAGAUUUUCGUGCACAUAUUUAUAUAUUUCUAUAUAAAAUAUAUAUCACAAUCCGUCCGGAAAAAAU